UUACUAGACCAAAUCAAUUUUUCAAAUGUAUUUUUUCAAAUCACUAAUCUAUUCCCCUCUUGUUUUUCCACCCCUCUCUCUCUCUCCCCUACUAGAUAUUUCGUUUCCAAUGUCUUGCAAUUUCAAAUCUAUCGUGGCAUGUGUCGUGCUGCUGGUCAAUAUGAUCCCAAUGAUCCCCGCAAACCGUUGCACAAAUGUGAUGUCUAUCGUCAUCCGGAGGCUGGCAAUUUAUUAAAAAAAAUCAUGUCCAAAGGCUCCUCACAACCGUGGCAGGAAAUCAUGGAAGAAGCAUUGGGCGAAGGCCGUCUCGAUGGUUCGGCACUGCGUGAAUAUUUUGCUCCCCUCGAGGAAUGGUUACGUUUGGAGAAUUUGCGUACCAAUGAAUAUGUAGGCUGGAAUUAUGACGGUGAUUAUUGUAAGCGAAGUAUCGAAACGGCCAAUCUGCAAGUGUUCGGUGGCUACUAUAAUCAUGGACAAUCAUCACGACUGGUGUCGAAGCUGGUCUUUAUAUGU